CUUCAACCGUCUCCUAUGGGCUCAGAUACACAUGUACCUUCUCGCUUAAACGUCGAAAAGGACUGACGAGUAACCCCGACAACUGGCACGGCUCGUUUGUGAGGAAAACAGUCUCGGCAAUUGUACCCGAGAAUCAGAGUAUUGAACUUCGCCCGGGGGCAGUAGCCGCCUUUUCACCUGAUACAAAAUCUAGACUGUGAUCACCUCCAUCAUCAUGGCUGACCCCAGUCCCACUCCUCGGAAAGCUGUCAUUGUUGGUGCAGGCCCUGUAGGAUGCUUGGCAGCUAUAUCGCUGGCCAAGACGGGCUGGAAUGUGGACAUCUACGAGGGCCGACCAGACAUGCGUCUACCAUCCUCCAAAGCGGCGGCCCAACAGCGUUCUAUUAAUUUAGCGAUAUCCGCACGGGGAAUCGCGGCUAUUGAAGCCAUUCAACCUAGCGCGGCUGAUCGCUUCUUGAAAGCAGUCAUUCCCAUGCGUGGAAGGAUGAUUCACCAUGUCGACGGUCAGCAAGAGAGCCAGACCUACGACAGGGACGGACAGUGCAUUAAUUCUAUCGGACGGGGGUUCAUGAAUGAGGAUCUCCUGACGGAGGCCCUUGCUCUUCCAAAUGUAUGCGCAUUUUUCAACCACAGAGUCCUGUCUGUGGACUUUGAUGGCAGAACUAUGGCCGUCCGCGACAGUGACACAGGCAAGGAGAUCGAGGUGCCGUUCGACUUCUGCGUGGGUGCGGAUGGUUCAUACUCGAUUAUACGGCGUCAGCUGAUGCGGGUGGUCCGGAUGGACUAUCAGCAGGAAUAUAUCCCACACGACUAUCUUGAGCUGAAGAUGCCCGCAGGGCCACCCACGGAUAUCGGCGGUGAUCCUACAUAUCUAUUGGACCCAAAUCAUCUCCACAUCUGGCCGCGUCACACGUUUAUGCUCAUAGCUCUGCCGAAUAAGGACAAAACAUUUACGUGUACCCUUUUCGCGCCCACCGCCGAUUUCGAUCUUCUACGCACGCCAGAGGCCAUCAUCGAAUGGUUCAGCACGAAUUUUCCAGAUGCAUUGCCAUUAAUCGGCGAGAAGGCCCUCCUGGACGAUUUUGCACGGAAUCCACGGAGUUCGCUCAUGACGAUUAAGGCGAAGCCUUACCACUACAAGGACCGAGCCAUUCUACUCGGCGAUGCGGCGCACGCCAUGGUGCCCUUCUAUGGCCAGGGUUUGAACUGCGGCCUCGAAGACGUCCGCGUACUGGAUAUUUUAUUACGAGAAGAAGCCGUAGACCCAGAUAUCAGUGUACCAGGAGAGGUCGACGAGCGCCUUGCUAGAGCCUUGGACAGGUACUCGGCCGGAAGACACGAAGACCUGGUCUCUAUAUGCGAGCUUGCUAUGGAUAAUUAUGUGGAGAUGAGACACUCAGUCGUGACAUUGGCGUACCUUUUCCGCAAGACCCUGGACAACGUCUUGUAUUCUCUGAGCGCACGCUCGGUGCCCUUCAGCUCCGUCGUUCCUGUUCUCUCUCGCGAGGCGUUCCCGUCGCCUUCUCCCGCAGGCUGGCUGCCGCUUUACACAAUGGUGACCUUCCGACCCGACAUUAGUUACUCAAUCGCUAGGCGCAAGGCUAGGAGGCAGCGAAAAUUUUUGGAGUACGCGGGGUGGGCAAGCGUCGCUGCAGGAUUAGGUGUUGUCUCGAUCACGGGCCUAACGCUGUGGCGCCGUACGGGCAGCCGGGGAUAA